CUUCCUGAAAAGAAAAUCUCCAUCUGCAAACACCGCCUCUUCUCUUCACACCUCUGCUCUCUCACUCCUCUCCUCUAUCUAUUGCAGGCGGAGACUCAGCUGUCUCCAAUUGAUCUUAUUAUUGACCAAGGCCCGCUCAAGAGAACGAGAGUAUGAGAUAUGAUUGGCGUGUAAAACCGUUGCAUGGGAACAAGAACUGGGACAAGGCUGUCUAUAUAGUUCAGAGUGAUAGUUUAACCAAAAGUUUCUUCCACAAGGGAUUCUGUUGUAGAUUACUUGGUGUUGAAUCUAAAUCCUAUGCUGAGACUGCUCGACGAGAACUUGCUACCAUGCCAGCUUCAUUUUCAUAUUGGGAUAUGCUUCACAUAUUUCAACGCUGCAACACUUCAAUCUGGACAAGUAACAUCAACCAUUACUACAAUGCAAGAUGUUUGAUCAACAUGACUAAGAAAACUGAAAUGCCAAAAAGUUGUCAAUUGAAGAGGAGAUUUCGAGGUGCUUGUUUAGUGACACUUAAAAUAAGCCAGCAUCAGAUGAGAAAUCCCUCAUGACGAGGGUCAAUUCUCUGUGCUGUCUUCUUCAGAAGCAUCCUACUACAGUUAAUAAGAGCGAUAACUGUGUCGGUGUUGCGGUUGGAGGAAAGAAAACUGAUGGAUUGAUCAAAAUUUCUUUUCCAUAGCAACAAGUGGAAAGAAGGUUGAAGAUUCUACUGCUGCAGAGGAUAAAUCAAAGAUCCAACUCCAUAAAUGUCAAGAAAAGAAUCAGUAGGCGAUUUGUUGCUAAAUCUAUCAAGAAUUGCGUCAUUGCCUCAUUUUUGUUCAAUAUCUACGACGAUUCUGAUUACCAAGCUAGAUAGUGUUGGGUUUUGGAUGUG